AUACCAGGUACAGCCAGUGUGGCCCGGGCUUGGAGCUCUGCUUUUGACAAUCUGAUUGGGAACCACAUCUCUGAGACUCUGAAGGGGACCAUCUCACUGCAUGUACCUCGUGUUCUCGCAGAAUAUCCAGAUUUCUUUGCUUUGGCCCUUGUGUUGCUGCUCACUGGAUUGUUGGCCAUGGGGGCUAGUGAAUCAGCCCUGGUUACCAAAGUGUUCACAGGGGCCAACCUCUUGGUUCUCGGGUUUGUCUUCAUCUCUGGCUUCGUUAUGGGAGACCCGAAGAACUGGAGCCUCACAAAAGAGGACUAUUGCUUGACCAUGGGUGGACCCAAUGACACUUGUAGCUUCGAGUCUAUGGGCUCUGGAGGUUUCAUGCCUUUUGGCGUGGAAGGGAUGCUCCGUGGCGCUGCUACCUGUUUCUAUGCCUUCGUUGGUUUUGACUGUAUUGCGACCACUGGGGAAGAGGCUCAGAAUCCACAGCGCUCCAUCCCUAUGGGAUUGAUAGAGGCAGUGCCCACUUUUAACCUGCAGCGAG